AUGGAUCCCAAUAUGUAUUCCACACGAGGCAAAGGCACAAACGUGGCCCUGUGGAAACGCAAAUGUACCAGUAUAGCACAUGCUACUGUGUCGGCUGCAUGGCCACGAUCUUUUCUGGUUCCCCUGCAAGUUGGCUUAGGAGCAUUUUUAAACAAGACCUAUGGAUUCCGCCAGUUAAUAGAUGUUUUAUCGUCCUUGGGCUUCUCCGCAUCGUUCCAUGAAACCGCAUUAUUCGAACUAUCUGUUGUUAUGCGGCCGGAAAUCGCCUUUGAAGACAAUGCUUAUUCUCAAUUUGUUUUUGAGAAUGCAGAUGUUAAUACACGAACAAUUAAUGGCUUCGGCACAUUUCAUGCUAUGGGAGGUAUUCAAUGUGUGACGCCAAAAACAGCUAUCCGUCCAGAUCAAGCGAUAAAACGUUAUCGCGAGAAGCCUUCCGCGGCGGUUGUGGGAACAAACGGCAGGUAUUUUGGGGGGGAAUGGUUUCAUGGAGGAGCGCUGUCGACCGCAUCGAAGAAGUGUCAGUCACUAAAUCAAAAGACCUGUUUCGUCACCCUUGACCAGCCGCUGUACAUCAAAGCACGAGACAUCAUAUCUUACUGCGAUGAGGCUGAAUUUAGCAAUGUUAUUAUUAGACUAGGCGGCUUUCACCUGUUAAUGUCAUUUAUGGGAUCUAUUGGUUAUUUAAUGUCAGGAAGCGGCUUGAAUGAUGUGCUGGCAGUCCUUUAUGCCGAGAAAUCGAUAGAGCACAUGCUUACAGGGCAUGCGUACGGAAGAGGCGUCCGAGGCCACAUGUUAUUGCAUCUUGCACUUGCGAAACUGGUGUUUGACCUUAUCGAUAUCAGUGACGACGAGCGGCUUGUAAUGAACGAUAUUCUAUGCAACAGUGACAGAACCGAGAUCAUGGCCGUGUGUGAGUUAUGUCAAACAUUAAUGGGUAAAUUCCAAGAACAGUUGCAGAAGCUUGAGAGCUUAGGACUUACCGCCAAAUUAUGGGUGCAAUAUUUCAAAAUGACCACCUACGAUUCAGGACUAAGAAGCCAACAUUACUCGCCUAAUUGGAUUGGAUGUUGGAUGAGCAGUCAUAUUUUUUGGCAUAACUAUGAAAUACCAUUAUGCAAAAUGCCCAAUCUUAUACAAAUAUGUGAAAAACCUGUACGAAAUAGUUCAGAAAUCAGCGAAAUUGUUCGUUUCUUGGUACAAGAAAUGCGAAGCGUAUGUUCCUCUCCCUACCGCAUUCCGGCCUUUAAAAUUGUUUGCCAUAAAAUGGUUGAGAAGUACCCAUCAAUUAAAAACAUGGACGAUGAUUUACGUACUAUUGGAUUUAAAGAUUACACCGAAGAGAGGUUAAUGCUGUCUGCAUUACUACCGCCACCUCCAGCUGUUCCAACAGAUUUCAAUCGGAAUUUUACUUUUAUAUUGGACCUUGAUGAACCCUCUUUUGGACUUCCAGAAGCCGAAGUAACCAAAGUAACCGAACAAGUAGAUAGUUUAAAAAACAAAAUUAUCAACAAUUGCGGUAAGGCAGAAAGAGUACAAAAAUCGUGUAUUAUACUAUUUGCCGAAGUUUACCGAUAA